AUGGCCGACCGAGACAGCCCACUCAAUGCUGAGCAAAAAACAGAACUGCAAGAAAUAGCAGCCAGCUGCCAAAAUGUUCUCGCUGGAAUCGAAAAAGUCAUUGAGCGAUACUCCCUAAUCAACGCCCCUCAUAGUUUCCAAAGAGUCUGGAAACGUCUUGGGUGGGAACAUGAAGAUGUUCGGGAACUUCGGAAUCGUAUUCGCAGUAAUAUCGGCCUUCUCAAUGCCAUCAACGGGCGAAUCACCCGCAACAGUGUCCUGGAAUUACUGGAUCACAAGAGCAAUGAGCAAGACCAAAAGUGUGUAGAGUGA